GGAGGGAGCGGGCCGGCCAUGGCAGCGGUGCGAGCAGCAGCGGCGGCGGCGGCAGGAGGAGCCCGCAGGAGGCGAGGCGGGCGCGGGCAGCCGUCGUUGCGCGCCUGAUUGGCCCCCGGAGCCGCCGCCGCCGCUGCUCGCAGGCGGCCGGUGGGGACGCGGAGAGGGCCAAGGAGGAGGAUGCAGGGCAAGAAGCCCCGCGGCUCCUCGGGAGAAGGAGGAAGCGGCGGCGGCGGGAGCAACAGCAGCGGGGACGGCGGGGAGCUGCAAGGGGACGAGUCGCAGCGCGCCAAGAAGAGGAAAAAGAAGAGCUCCCCGUGCGUCUCCAACAUCCAGAUCUUCCUGGUCUCCGAGUGCGCGCUCAUGUUGGCGCAGGGCACGGUGGGCGCCUACCUGGUGAGUGUGUUGACCACCUUGGAGCGGAGAUUCAACCUGCAGAGUGCCGACGUGGGUGUGAUUGCCAGCAGCUUUGAGAUUGGGAACUUGGCUCUCAUCCUGUUUGUCAGCUACUUUGGUGCCCGGGGUCACCGGCCUCGCUUGAUAGGAUGCGGAGGGAUCGUCAUGGCUCUCGGGGCUCUCCUCUCAGCGCUGCCCGAAUUCCUGACCCAUCAGUACGAAUACGAAUCUGGGGAGAUUCGGUGGGGCGCAGAAGGGAGGGAUGUUUGCGUGGUCAAUGGCUCUGCCAGCGAUGAGGGACCAGACCCGGAGCUUAUCUGCAGGAACAGAACUGCCACCAACAUGAUGUAUUUGCUUCUCAUUGGAGCUCAAGUUCUCCUAGGGAUUGGGGCCACCCCUGUCCAGCCUUUAGGAGUUUCCUACAUCGACGACCAUGUGAGAAGGAAAGACUCUUCCCUGUAUAUAGGGAUCUUGUUUACAAUGCUUGUGUUCGGACCAGCCUGUGGAUUUAUCUUGGGUUCCUUCUGUACCAAAAUCUAUGUGGAUGCCGUCUUCAUCGACACAAGUAAGCUGGACAUCACCCCCGAUGACCCCAGGUGGAUUGGCGCAUGGUGGGCGGGCUUCUUGCUCUGCGGUGCCUUACUUUUCUUCUCGUCUCUCCCGAUGUUUGGAUUCCCACAGUCCCUGACCCGCCGGCCGGAGCUCUUGGCAGAGGUCGAGCAGGCCAUGCUGCCAGACAGGGACUACGAGAGGCCAAAGCCCAGCAACGGGGUCCUCCCGCGAAACACCUUGGAAGUCCCCGACGACGUCUCCUGCUUCCAGCAACUGAGAGUGAUCCCUAAAGUAACCAAGCACUUGCUCUCCAAUCCGGUCUUCACUUGCAUUGUCCUUGCGGCGUGCAUGGAGAUCGCCGUGGUUGCUGGCUUUGCAGCCUUCCUGGGGAAAUACUUGGAGCAGCAAUUCAAUCUCACAACGUCGUCCGCCAACCAGUUAUUGGGCAUGACAGCUAUUCCCUGUGCAUGUCUGGGCAUCUUCCUGGGUGGCCUCUUAGUCAAGAAGCUGAGCCUGUCUGCUCUUGGAGCCAUCCGUAUGGCUAUGCUGGUCAACCUGGUUUCCACGGGCUGCUACGUCUCAUUCCUGUUCCUGGGUUGUGACACAGGACCAGUGGCUGGGGUCACUGUUCCCUAUGGAAACAAAUCAGGAUCAUCGUCCAUCCUGGCACCAUAUUCCGCCUGCAAUAACAACUGUAAAUGCCAAACUGAUUCCUUCACUCCAGUCUGUGGGGCAGACGGGAUCACGUACUUAUCUGCCUGUUUUGCUGGAUGCGGUACCAUGAACCUCACGGGUUGCACGUGCCUCGGUCUGGUCCCUGCGGAGAAUGCCACGGUCGUUCCUGGAAAGUGCCCAACCCCAGGAUGCCAAGAAGCCUUUCUGACAUUCCUCUGUGUGAUAUGUGUCUGCAGCAUGAUCGGAGCCAUGGCUCAGACGCCCUCCGUCAUCAUCCUCAUCAGAACAGUGAGCCCAGAGCUGAAGUCUUACGCUUUGGGAGUUCUCUUCCUUCUCCUCCGAUUGUUGGGUUUUAUCCCACCUCCCCUGAUCUUUGGAGCGGGGAUUGAUUCCACGUGCCUGUUCUGGAGCACGUUCUGUGGCGAGCAAGGAGCAUGUGCUCUGUACGACAAUGUUGUCUACAGGUACCUGUACGUGAGCAUUGCAAUAACCCUAAAAUCGUUGGCGUUCAUCCUGUACACCACCACUUGGCAGUGCUUAAGGAAGAACUAUAAGAAAUAUAUCAAAAACCAUGAAGGUGGACUAAGCACUACUGAGUUCUUUGCCUCCACUUUGACCCUGGACAACCUGGGCCGGGACCCCAUUGGCCAGAAUCCAUCACAUAGGACAAAAUUUAUCUACAACCUUGAAGACCACGAGUGGUGUGAGAACAUGGAGUCUGUUUUAUAGUGAUUAUGAGGGUAGAUUGCUAACCCAAAGUUCCUUUUUAAAGUUUUAAAAAAAAGAUAGAUAAGAUAUAUGGGGAAAAAUGUAAUAUAAUAUACAAGGAUCUUUUGCAAAAUGGCAGCCACCACUAUAUCUCAAAAUCUACUGUGAUGUUCCAGAACACUCUCAUACAUAGUUAGACUGACAGAGGAGGGAACUCUGUCCUUUUCUGAGAAGCAGGGCUAGGCAAGGUUCAAGAGAACAGGAACAUUCUUAAAAUUUGGCAUCAGAAAUGGAGGUGUGGAGCUGUACCAAACAUGUUGGCUGGUGGUGACAUUAUGGAUGCGCAAAGCUCGCAACAUUUUGGGAUCCAGAGUUUUAGUAGAGACCUGUCUGCCCUUUGGCAUAAAGACAAAGAGAAAGAAGGAAGGAAAGAACAGAAGAAAGAAAAGCCUUUUUCCAGAAUAAGCGCCAUUUGAAUCUCAAGUACCGCUGGGGGUAACCUUUGCAAUAAGAGCUAAAAGGAUGCAAACUUGGCUGCUGUUUAGUCCCAGCAUUCUCCUCUUUCUGUCUCUGUCUUUGUCAUCAAAGAGGGAGCCACAUCGAAGUUCCUCAGUUGAUCCAACUUCACCAUCACGAACCACAAUGCCAGAAGUCAUAUCUAGGCAGCUGUUGAAAUGCCCCAAACCAGCCCGUGUCACAUCACCAUUCAAAAUGCACCAGCAUCAUUCAGUUGACAUCUCUCUUUCCAUUUUGGUAUUGGGGGGUAGGGCUUUGAACCUGGCUGUGCCAGAAUAAGGUAGGAAGGUGGGACGCUGGAUAAUCCAUGCCGAACAUGCUGUAAGCCAGCCAUUUUCCAACCUGGGAUCCCUCCAGAUGUGUUGCACUACAACUCCCAUCCGUCCCAGGAAGCAACAGCUUGGGCUGAUGGGAAUUCCAGUGCAAUACAUCCGGAGGGCACCCAGUUGGGGAAGGUUGCUGGAACUUUUUAAAAAGUACAUACGAAUGAAGAAGACGUUUAAGGGUGAAGAGAGAUGUUACAGUUUAAAAGUGGUGGAGAUGACAUGGUUGCCCUUCCUGUAUACCACUGUGCAUUUUUGUAUUCUCUCAUAAGCUCUGGAAGAAAAAAAAAUUCAGUGCAAUUUGGGUUGAGCCAGGUGAAAAGUUGGAACGUGGUUGGACUGGGCUUGGUUGAGGGUAGCGCCUCUCCCCGCUGCAAAUGUUCAUCCAUUUGUACAAGGUUUGUGAUUUUUCUUUUUUUGGUAGGGUUAUGGUGAAUGAAUAUAUAUACAGUGGUACCUCUGGUGACGAACAUCAUUCGUUCCGGAGGUCCGUUCUUAUUCUGAAACCGUUCUUAACCUGAGAUACCACUUUAGCUAAUGGGACCUCUUACUGCUGCCGCGCUGCCGGCACAUGAUUUCUGUUCUCAUCCUGAGGUAAAGUUCUUAACCAGAGGUACUACUUCCAGGUUAGCGGAGUCUGUAACCCGAAGUGUUUUUAACCUGAGGUGUUUGUAACCCGAGGUACCACUGUAUAGUGAGAACAUAUAUAUGGGUGGUGGGUUUGUUUGUUUGUUUGUUUUUAAAUACAAAUCCUGAUACUCAAGGGGAAAUUACUCACCUCCAUAUGGGAAGCAUUUUGUUUAUCCACUUAGGGCCGAGGGGAAAUGCCUGCCAUUUUGCCCCUCUCUUCAUUUGUGAGGAAAUGGUGUAGGAAGUAAGCAAUGAAAUCAAACCGUUUCAGGGACACCUUCCUUUUGCUACAUUUAUCUCAUCUGUCUCUUAAACCUGUAAAAAAAACCUCUCUUUUUCUGCUGUGACAAGCAAGACAGGGAGGGAGGGAGACUGAUGGCUACCAGCCAGCAUGGUUUUAGCCCAGAAUGCCUGCUGCAGCAUUGGGAAAUUUUGGCAAACAACUGGCUUUCACCUGUGGGAAUUCUCUUGGUUCAGCCCACUCCCUAAGGUGACACAGUUUCUCUGCAUAUGUGCGGCUCAAAGGGCAACCACCCUUUUUCUACCUAUGGCACCCUUCCCCAAACUAGCUGGCUGGGGCUGAUGGGAGUUGCAGUCCAAAAACAGCUGCAGGCAACUAGCUGGGGAAAACUACAGGCCUCUCUCACCAAUGCGGAACAGCCAUUCCUUGGUCACUGCUAGGUGACCUGUUUUUAUUGAGCAUUCAUCAUGAUUUGUUUGUUGGGUGAUUCGAUUAUGUUGGCUAUUUAAUGAGCAUUCGUUCUGAUUUGCUUGGAGGGAGGUUAGGUGGCCUAGCAUCAAAGUAAGUAUUAGCCCACACUUUCCAGUGCAUCCCACCCCCACACUCACACACUUUUUCCGUUGCAAAAAGGCUGAUUUGGGGAGAGAGGGAACAGAUUGUUGUGCAAAAGUGACCUGAAUUUGCCGGCCUGUAAUUAAAUCACCAAUUUUGACAGUAGCAUAUACAGAGAAAAUUAAAGGAGGCAAAUCACCCUCCUCUCUGAUGAUCAGAUCAAUCUUUUGAUGAGCCAAUAACACCCAUAGGUCAUCAGAGGACAGGGGGCUGUGUAACUAUGUGAGAGAAAGAAUGUGGGCUGGACACAACCAGUUUUGGCCAUACUCACCACUGGCAUGAGGUCCUUGGAGGGGUGGCCAAACAUGAAUGUGAUCCUACACAACAGCCACUCCUGUUUAGCAGAGGCUAAAACUGGUGCAGGGUCUAUUAUUAUUAUUAUUAUUAUUAUUAUUAUUAUUAUUAUUAUUCAUUGUUUUUCUCUUCUUCAGUACUUGUAAAUCCAAGUUGAUUAAAACUGAUAUAUUUAAUACAGUCCCAGCAAGCACAGCCGGAGUCAGGGAUGGUGGGAGUUGUAGUUCAGUAACAUCUGCAGGGCCAAAGUUUUCCUACAUCUGUUAUCCAACAGCAAACCUGGCCUUGCCAUGUAUUGCAGCUUCAACAAGGAGUCACAGCCAGUCCAGGUUCUCUGAUCCGUUUUCAUGAUACAUUCUUUUGGUCUCAUUCACACUUCAGACACCUUUCAAAAAGGAGUAUGAGAGCCUAACUGUGCCCCUUACGCU